UUGGGAGCUGCAGUUCUGUUUGUACGAGUUAGUUCUUUAACUGGAAAAAAAAUGACGAUUAAAUUAAUCCGUGACCAUGGACAGCAUUAUAGACCUCGAAUGGCCUGUCUGAAGAAGCUUGAGGCCUUGAUGCUGGCAAUGCAGGACCCAAAAUCCAGUGUAAAAUCAUCUGAACAGAAAUUGAACACCACUUCUAUCCCACACGUCAUGACAGGACAGGACAUUGUUGUGUGGAUUUCCAAUUAUAUGAAGGUGGAUAAUCAAGAGGCUCAGACAACUGGCACCAUGUUAGUUGCCUUUGGCUUCAUCUACCCACUGCGGGACCACAAAAGACUCAUCCUCAAGUCAGAUAACAGUCUUUAUCGCUUUCAGACACCAUACUUUUGGCCUGUGCAGAAAUGGAAGGCAGAAGACACUGAUUAUGCGAUUUAUCUGGCGAAGAGAAACAUUCGAAAGAAGGGGACACUUGAUAACUAUGAACAGGAGAACUACAACCAUCUUCACAAAUGGCUCAACCACAAAUGGGAUUUUAUUGUGAUGCAAGCCAAAGAGCAAUACAGCGCUGGAAAAGUGAGGAGCAAAUCAGACCGGGUUGUAUUUGAUUGUCAGGAAAGGGCCUACUGGAUAGUACACAGGCCUCCACCUGGAAGUCACAGUGCCAUGGACUACGGCAUGGAUCGGCUCAUUGAUCCUAACACAGAAGAGAAAAAAACCUUUGACUACUAUAGAAGAAUCAUCAUCUACACGCAGCAGGUAAUCAUGAGACCAAGGGUCAAAUCCUCAGUGUCCCUGGGAGCCCUUAUGAAACGCAUAACAACAUAUCAGGACCACGAUCCGUUUCUCAAACCUUGUCUUCCCAGCAACCCCUGGCAGACCGACGAUGCCGCAUACUGGGAUUUGAACAUGAGAAAUGUUGAAAUCCCUACAAAGAUGAGAGUUGAGCGCUGGUCCUUCAGCUUUUAUGAAUUACUCAACGAUCCACGUGGCCGCGUCGACUUCAAACUCUUCCUGAAGAAGGAAUUCAGCGGGGAGAAUUUGGCUUUUUGGGAGGCUGCUGAGGAGAUGAAGUGGGGAGCGGCAGCAUCCAUGUCUGAGAAAGCUGAGACCAUUUUUAAGAUGUUUUUAGCUCCAGGAGCUCCACGUUGGAUUAACAUUGAUGGUCGGACGAUGGGACUGACAGUGAAGGGUUUAGAACAUCCACACCGCUAUGUCCUGGAUGCAGCUCAAACUCAUAUCUUCAUGCUGAUGAAAAAGGACACAUUUUAUCGCUAUCUGAAGUCACCAGUUUACAAGGACAUUCAGAAAAAGGCGAUCUCACCCAUGCCACAUAACUUCACUGAUGCUCAGCUGGAGCAAAACGCUAGAAAACGUAAGCCCAGCAUCGACCCAGUCAUCCUGUGGCAGCAGGAACAAGAGGAAAAAGCCAAAGCGGCUGCUGCGGCCGGACCCAUUGAUAUUAAAAAACUAAUGGCCAGCAAACUGGACCGCAAGUGAUGCAGUUUAAUGUAAUUGAUUUUGAUCGACUUUGAUAUGAGGCUUUAGAUAUGAAUCUCAUUAUAUGCUGUAUGAUCAUCUCUACAUUAGCUCUAACUAGUGAAACUGUGUUUGAUAUUUAGAGAAAGGGCAGAAUGAUUCAUAACGACUGCAGUUUUUCUUUUGUUGAUUUCUUAAAAGCUAAAAAUGUCCAUUUUCCGAUAUAAAUGACAUAGUAGACGUGUUUGGUUAUAUUUGGUCAUAUGGUAUAUUCUGAUCUUCAGAUUGCUAGUCUGGAUACUGAGGAAAUAAUUUUUUUUUAAAAACAUGAUCACAACAGUCAUCAAGUUUAUUUGUAUAGCGUUUUAACAACAGACAUUGUCGCAAAGCAGCUUUACAGAAAAUUAUACCGUAGAAUGCCCAACAGAUUGAAGGUUUUAUGUUUUUUUUAGUAUCUUUCUAUCAUAUUUUUGAUGUUACACUGACUACUCAGGAAUAAUAUGACUUUACAUGCACACAAAAGUCUGCACCAUGUCACUGUCAGCUAGUGUCUUGCAAAAGUAUUCAUCCCCCUUGGUGUUUGU